AUGAACGGACAUAUUCAUUCUUUAAUCCACCGAUCAUUCCUUUUCAGCCAAAUCCAUCGAGAUCCUUCUUCAGCUAUAUCCGAACUUUCUUUCAGUACUUUCUCUUUUGCGGCUCCCACAAUUCCAAUUUUCUCUAAUGCUUUGCUCGGUGAAUGUUCCAAAAACCUUUGCACCCUGAUCGAACCAAAUCAAUAUCUAUCUAUUUAUGAUAAUUCAAUAACUAUCUGUCUAUCGAUUUCUCCCUCUCUAUCUAUGCCAAUUCACUAUCUAUCUAUCUAUCUAUCUAUCUAUGUCUUAUGUCAAUAUCUAUCUAUCUAUCUAUCUAUCUAUGCCAAUUCAAUAAUGGGCGUGGACAGCUCCUUCACCCUCCUUGGUGUCUCGUCUGUGCCUGCUUCCCUUCAGUGGGUGCGGGCAGCUCCUCAUCCUUCCUUGGUCUCUCUUCUGCGCCUUGUUGAUUCCUAUCUAUCUAUCUAUCUAUCUAUCUAUCUAUCUAUCUAUCUAUCUAUCUAUCUAUCUAUCACAAUCUUUGAAUAUCUAUCUAUCUAUCUAUCUAUCUGCAUUAUAUCUGAAAUAUUAUACAUUAUCUAUCUAUCUAUCUAUCUAUCUAUCUAUCUAUCUAUCUAUCUAUCUAUCUAUCUAAGCCUGUUCAUUAUCUAUCUAUCUAUCUAUCUAUCUAUCUAUCUAAACCAGUUCAUUAUCUAUCUAUCUAUCUAUCUAUCUAUGAUCCAUAAUGUUUAUAUUUGUGAUUUUCGAAUCAAGAAUUAUCCCCACACCCACGUAUUCACAUCUAUGCAUGUAUAA